AUGCCUCGUAAGGCCUCGUCGACCUCAGAUUCGCGCCUCAAAUGGCGCAAGCGGAAGCGCAACCCCGACGCGUCCCCGUCCAAGCCCUCCACCUCGGCCGCCGCGGCGGCGGCCGCCGGCCACUCCUCCGACUCCGACUCCGCCGACGAGGACGCCGCCGCCGUCCACGGCGCGGCGGGGGACAGGGACGGGGCAGCCGGCGACGACGACGAGCCCCCCGCGGCGUCCGAGGACCCCGCCGCGCUCGGCCUCCACGAGGCGGAGGUGCUGCCCUCGGCCGAGCCCAUCUCUGCGUUCCCCGCCGCCAAGCGCCGCGUGGUCAACCGGCCGCAUCCGUCCGUCCUCGCGCUGCUCGAGGCCGAGCGAUCCGCUUGUUCCGGCGAUGUCCUGGCCGUGGCACCGCCGGCGCUAGAGAACAUCUCGCACGGGCAGCUGCAGGUGCUGUCCGGGGUGCUUCCGGACCACCCAUCCCUUGCGACAGACCCCGACAAGCCGUCCUUGUAUGUGUGCACGCCGCCUCCCCUCAUGGAGGGGCAUGGAGUGCCCAAGCAGUUCCAGGGUCGCCUCCAUGUCGUGCCCAAGCACUCAGAUUGGUUCUCCCCGGGGACAGUUCAUAGGCUGGAAAGGCAGGUAGUGCCACACUUCUUUACAGGCAAGUCUCCAGGGCACACUCCGGAGAAGUAUGUCAUGUUAAGGAAUAGAGUCAUUGCUAAAUACUUAGAGAACCCAAGCAAGAGGCUUGCUUUUGCUGAGUGCCAGGGGCUUGUUGGGAGCACAGCUGAACUGUAUGAUCUGAGUAGGAUUGUUAGGUUCUUGGACACUUGGGGCAUCAUCAAUUACCUUGCGGCUGGGUCUGUGCACCGUGGCCUGAGGAUGGCAACUUCGCUUCUAAGAGAGGAACCUACAGGGGAACUGCAGCUGCUUACAGCGCCGUUGAAAUCAAUCGAUGGUCUAAUUUUGUUUGACCGGCCAAAAUGUAGCCUCCCAGCGGAGGACAUUUCUUCGAUGGCCCCGUCUUCGUCGAACUCGGAGGCUGUGGAUUUUGAUGCUGUAUUUGCUGACUUGGAUGCAAAGAUCAGGGAGCGUUUGUCUGAGAGCUCUUGCAGUUAUUGCUUACAGCCUUUGCCAAGUUUACAUUACCGGUCACAAAAGGAGGCAGAUAUUUUUCUAUGUUCUGAUUGCUUCCAUGAUGCGAGAUAUAUUAUUGGGCAUUCUAGCUUAGAUUUCCAGAGAGUCGAUGGGGAUAAUGAUGGAUCAGAAAAUGAUAGUGAUAAAUGGACUGAUGAAGAAACAUUGUUGCUGUUGGAAGGCAUUGAGAAGUACAAUGACAACUGGGAUGACAUUGCAGGUCAUGUUGGAACAAAAUCAAAGGCACAAUGUAUUUACCAUUUUAUUCGGUUGCCAGUGGAAAAUGGUUUGUUAGAGAAUGUUGAGAUACCUAAUGCACCCAUUCCAUUUCGACCACAAAGCAAUGGUUAUCAACAUUCAGAUUCCAAUGGCAGCACUUCAGGUUGCAUUUUUGGCCUCUUCAAUUGGACCAAGAGUUGCAGCAUCAUGCGCAUAUGCAGCAUUAUCUUUUUGACUAGAGAUGAUGAUUCCAGGGUGAGUUCAGAAGGCAUGCAUGCUGAUGGUAUGGGCAAUGGUACAAAUCCAAAUUUUCGGAACCACAAUGGUGCUUCACCAUCCAUUUCUCCAGAAAAUGUGAAACAUGCUGCCAUGUUUGGUCUGUCAGCAGCAACAAUGAAGUCUAAGCUUUUUGCCGAUCAAGAGGAACGUGAAGUUCAAAGACUAGCUGCUACUGUAAUAAAUCAUCAGUUAAAGAGAUUGGAGUUGAAGCUGAAGCAGUUUAUGGAAGUUGAGACCUUGCUCUUGAAGGAAUGUGAGCAAGUAGAAAGGGGGCAUGGGCAUCCUCAGAUGCCUCAGAUGCUGUUCCUACACCAGCGACCUCAGAUGCUCUCGUUCGGCCCUAACCACCAUCAGUUCAACUCUGGCAUCCAGACUCAACCAUCACCACAGGCAUCAAAAAUCAUGUUCAACUCUGGCAUGCCCAAUUCGAUCGCUCCUAACCACCAUCAGUUGCUGAGAUCGUCUUCUGGAAACAAUUCUAGUGCAGGAUAG